CUCCAUUCACCACUUCACUUCCUCGCCAUUCCCGACACAUCGCCACAACUAUGGGAGGCGAUCUAAACCUCAAGAAAUCAUGGCAUCCCCACCUCCGCAAGAACCAGGAGCGUGUGUGGAAAGAAGAGAAAUCUGCCCUUGAUGAGCGCAAACUCAUCGAGAAGCUGCGCAAGGAACGCGAGGAGGAGCGCGCCAUCGAAGAACUGCAGAAACUCCAGGAAGCUGCUGGCGGGAGAGUGGCGACUAAGCGAGUGGACUGGAUGUAUAACGGCCCCAGCGCAGAUGGUCAGGGUGUGUCUGAGGAGCGGGAAGGUUAUUUGCUAGGCAAGAGGAGGAUUGAUGGUUUGUUGAAGGCAAAUGAUACGACAACGCAGACUCUGGGCAAGGGUGCUGCAGCGAGCAUCGACACAGUCACCGGCAGUAAUGCGAACACGGCCCGCGAUACCCAGAUGAAGGUGGCCCAGGAUCCGCUGCUCAUGAUCCAGAAGCAGAAGAUGGAGAUGCAGCUCAAGGCUUUGAAGGAGGCACAGCGGAAACAAAAGGAUGGAGAUAAGCGCGAGAAGAAACACAAGCACCGACACCAUAGCCGCCGAGAUCGAUCACGCUCGACAGACUCUGGAGAACGAGACAGUCGCCAUCGCCAUCACCGGCGUUCACGCUCCCCGCGUCACCGGGAUGGCCGAGAUGAAAGGGACACCUAUCGUCGCCGCUCUCCAUCUCCACGUAGGAGGGACAGCCGGGACGAUCGUCGACGGUCGCGCUCUCCAUACAGACGGAGUGACCGUGAUGACCGAGAGGAUGACCGCCGACGAGACCGAAGUCCUCCGCGACGCUCCUACGACAAUCGGCGGCGCUCACCGCCUCCUCGACGGCGAUCGUUUGAUGAAGAGAAGUCAACACGGCGAAACUUUAGCGACGUGCCCCGUCGGGUCCGAUCACCGAUACCAGUCAAAGAAGAGCCCAAGAACAAAGAGAGUGUGGCAGAUAAGCUUGCAAAGAUGCAGGCAGAUGCAAUGUCUGUCGAAGAACAGCGCAAGGAGCGCGUUCGUCAGCGUGAAGCUGAAGCCGCUGCCGAGGAAACGCAACAUAAAAACUCCGAUGGUGGCAAACGAUUUGUGUCAAAUUUGCACCGCAAGACUGGUGAUAUGGACUUAGGUGAUGUUAUUGCUAGGGGAAAGCAAGGCUAUCGGAGAGAAGUUGAUGUAUAAGACUGCUUUUCCUCGGUUUAUUGGCUGUACCCGACAGGAAAACAACAGCAGUUUCACGGCUAUUAGAGAACGAGUGCAUACAGUGAGUGAACGCAUUCACAAAGAUGAAUGUCAGAUAUCUAGG